AUAGGCGCCGGGCUGUGGAUGACCUCGUCGGCUGUCCAGCUGAGCGUGAUGGGAGGACCUAAGGGGUGGGAGGAGGCUUUCACAUGCAAGACGGUGGCGCUGGCUACAGCGCUUGGGAGAGAAAGACGUCGAAAUGGAAGGCGAGUAAGGCAAGAAUGGGGACAAGCAGACAAGUCACAAGACCCUGACUAG